AUGAAAUUAAUUAGAAAACCCAUAAUCAUCUUGUUGACUACAAUGUCACUAUACACUAUUUCCGCUUUCGGUGAUGGAUUUGAGUGUCCAGAGAAAACUGAUGACAACCCUAAUGAACUUUACGCUAAUCCAAACGAUUGCGGUUCAUUCUAUCAGUGCUCUUACAAUACUCCAUAUCUGAAGUAUUGCCCUGCUGAUUUGCAAUGGAAUUCGAAAAAAUGCCAAUGUGAUUGGCCAAAAAAUUCUGAUUGUGGUGGUGAACAUGGUCAAAGUGAUGAUAGUCAAGUUGAAGAUAGUCAAGAUGAUGGUCAAGAUGAUGGUCAAGAUGAUGGUCAAGAUGAUGGUCAAGAUGAUAGUCAAGAUGAUAGUCAAGAUAAUAGUCAAGAGGAUAGUCAAGAGGAUAGUCAAGAUGAUAAACAAGGUGAAAAUCAAAAUGCGUAUACCCGAUACACUCAUACACUAGAUUACCUUGGCACAUCGAUGCCGACUUUAUGUCAGUAA